CCAUUCAAAUUAACAUUUCCCCCACAAUUGCCCCCUGUGCUCAAAAGCUCCCCCUACAUUGAUCGCAUCGCUUGAGACCAGAUACUGUGUUGCUUGUGUUGCUUGCGCAGCCCGCGGCUACUCGGCUGCCACUGCCUCCUGAAUCUGAGCCAGGUCUAUCGUCGUCGCCGCACUUCAUAUUUUAUUGUUAUUAUACAUUUCACAAAACUUGAAGUGCGAAGCGCAUUAAUCCGACGUCAACAUGGGUUCUGAGGCGAUCGCAAGCCACUACCAGGUCCUCGAGGAACUUGGCCGGGGUAGUUUUGGUGUAGUUUACAAAGGUAUUGAAAUUGCAACAGGUGAAGUCGUUGCUAUCAAGCACAUUGAUCUUGAGUCUACCGAAGAUGAUAUUCAAGACAUUCAAGCGGAGAUCUCAGUUCUCAGCACUUGCGCCAGUCCUUACGUCACCCAAUACAAAGCUAGUUUCUUGAGAGGGAGUAAGUUAUGGAUUGUCAUGGAAUACCUCGGUGGUGGAUCGUGUCUCGAUCUGCUCAAACCCGAGCCGUCCUCUUUCAGCGAGACACACAUCGCUAUCGUAUGUCGCGAGUUACUUCGUGGCCUCGAAUACCUUCACGCAGAAGGCAAGAUUCACCGAGACAUCAAGGCUGCCAAUAUUCUUCUCUCGGAUACGGGCAAGGUCAAGCUAGCCGACUUUGGAGUGGCUGCUCAACUCACGAAUAUGAAGUCACAGCGUAACACCUUCGUCGGUACGCCAUUUUGGAUGGCACCCGAAGUUAUUCAGCAGGCCGGCUACGACUUCAAGGCCGAUAUCUGGUCUUUGGGAAUUACAGCUAUUGAGAUGGCCUUCGGUGAACCCCCUCACUCUAAUCUCCAUCCUAUGAAGGCCUUAUUCCAGAUUCCUAAGAGUGCCCCGCCCAAAUUAGAGGGUAACUUCUCAAAGGACUUCAAGGACUUCGUGUCACAAUGCCUUAUGAAGGACCCGGACCGACGACCUUCGGCUAAGGAGAUGCUUAAGCACCGUUUCAUCAGGUCCUCGGGAAAGGUAGAGGCAUUGCAGGAAUUGAUUGAGCGACGACGGAAGUACGACGCUACUAGAACAAAGAAGAAGAACCGGUCGUUUUAUCAGGAGACCAUGAGAGAUCUCUCCCCUAAGGAUGAAGCAGAUGAGUGGGUCUUCGACACGGUCAGAUCGGUUGCCCCUAGAAGGCCAACUGUUAAGUCCAGGAAGCCAUCCUCCAUCUUUUCUACUGAGGAAGCAUUGCGCAGAAUGGAUAUCAAGGACGCCCCGCUUCAGCCAACAUCCCCAGUCGCUCCAGUUACUAUGCGCAAAGCUACUAUGCGAAGACAACAAUCGUUGGCUCAGUUGUCAGGAAAUGGUUCUGCACGUGCUCCGCCUGCUCCGGCGAUGCGACGACCACUUCAACCAGACAUGUCGUUCGGCAAUUCAGGCUCAUCCCAACGCCUCUUUAGAAGAGUGCCCUCUGACGGUUCUACCACUGGUCAAGUCUCAUCUGUCAACUCAAAUGAUAUACACACGGAUGAGAAUAAACAUCCCAACUCGGUCGAAGCAACAAGCAAAGAAGCAAUGCUCGGACGUCGUCUUUACUCGAAAGCUGUCGAGCCCACCCUCGCAGAACUACACGCCCAAACCUCGAGCAUGGCGAAGCGCGACGCUCUCGGCAAGCUAUCUGACGCACUCGCGCUGCUCGAUUCCGUUGAUCCCGAAGGCGCUUACCACCUCUUACGCAACCUGAACGCCAACAUCCAGCACGACAGCAAGUUGUCGAACGCGUUCUUGAAGCACACCAGUAGUGAUACCGUCAAGGAAUACGAUAACACCACGCCCCAAGGCACGGUGAUCAUCAAGAGCCAGACCCCGAGCCACCAGAACCAGAGUCCAGCGAAGCUCGUCCUAGCGUCUAACAACCCUCACUUGAAGAGCCACAAGCGGCGACAGUCGAGCAUCACAGUCGCCGGUAACGGAAGUCCCGGAAAGUCUAGCCAGCGAGACCGAGACCGGGAGCGGGACCUCGAGAAGAUUGCGCUGCAGGCUAAGUUCCCCGGCCAGCCGGCGCAGCCCGGCAUGGAACACUGCAAACAACUCUCCGAUGUUCUGUUCGGUCGGUGGGUAGACGGUCUGCGGCAGCGCUGGCCUAAUGCUUAGUCCACGUAUGUCCAGAUGGGCUGAGA